GAACAUCAGAUAAACACUGUUGGUACUUAGCUUUAGCUGCUGUUAGCUUCAAAUUAAACAGUCGCAGUUGGUGUCGCACUUUAAACAGAAACUAACUAUCUUCACUGCUAAACUGUCUUGCUAACAUAGCUAAGCGUCGUUCAGCUAACCUAUAAUACAUGAAUGUGUUCGUUAUUAUGAUAUUAUUGUUACAUAACAUGGCGGUAAGCUGUUGAUGUAGAAACACAGUCUGUUGUUUUUAACUUGUUACGCCUCUUUCAGUCCUUUUACUUUCAUUAGUCGUGUUUUUACAAUGGGAGUUAGAAGGAUUUACAUUAGCUUAGCUUAUGCUACUUUCGGGACCUUGGUUGGACUCUCGGCUUUCCUGGUCUGGAACAUCGCCUACAAACAGCCGUGGACCGCAGCCAUGGGAGGCCUGUCAGGUGUCUUGGCGUUCUGGUGUCUGGUCACACACGUCAUGUACCUGCAGGAUUUCUGGCGCACGUGGCUCAAAGGUCUGAAGUUCUUCAUCGCUGUCGGCGUGAUUUUCUCGAUGUUGGCGGUCGCCGGCUUCAUCACCUUCCUCACGCUCGCCAUCACUCAGAAACAAACCCCCACGGACCCCCGCAGCCUCUACCUGUCCAGCGUCUGGAGCUUCCUCACCUUCAAGUGGUCCUUCCUCCUCGCCCUGUACUCCUACAGAUACCGGCAGGAGUUCGCUGACAUCAGCAUCCUCAGCGACUUCUAGUGCAGAGGACUUCUUUUUACAGACUGCCAUGGACUCGGAGAGGGUUUAAAAAGAGCUUUUGGAACAAAGCAGAGGAUUGAAGUCACACACACUUGCUUAACGAGCUGUGUGUGUUUGUGUGUUUUCCUGUUCUCCCGUCUAAUGACACAUGUUAUAUUCCUGCAAGUAGAUUAACCUCUGAAGACUGCUUCUGAGUUACGAAUGUGGACCGACGUGUUCUGAGAGACAGAUUUCAUCUCUUACUCUUUAAACUAUGGAGGUAGACUCGUCUGAAUAUGAUGUGUGUGAACAGAUCAAUAACCUGUGUGACGCACUUUUAAAGAAAUGCAAAAAGGAUUGUAAACUCAUCAAAAAGUGCAAAUGCAAAACGAGCUUCAAA